AUGCCAUUGAAAGAAAUAUCAAAAAAGAAACAAUUUGAAGGCGAAUGUUUUAAUGGCGAAGAUUAUGAAUAUGUCACAGUACCACCUGAUGGAGGCUAUGGUUGGGUUAUUGCUUUUGCUGCAAUGCUUUGCAAUCUUGUCUGUGAUGGAACAUUGUUUGCUUUUGGUACCAUGAAAUAUUAUCUGAAAAGUCAUUUUCAAUGUUCAGACAUGGUUAUUCUUAUGGUUGGAUCUGUUCCUUGUGGUGUUUAUUUAUUAGUUGGUCCAAUUGUAUCAGGUUUAGCUAAUAGAUAUGGUUGCCGACUAAUAAUUAUCAUUGGCAGCAUUGGUGCUGCAAGUUGUAUGGCAUUAUCAACUAUGUCAUCAAAUGUUUGGAUAAUGAUGAUUGUUUAUGGUGUAUUUGGUGGAAUCUUUUUUGGCAUGGUCUAUCUUCCAUCAGUUGUAAUGGUUUCAUUUUAUUUUGAUAAAAAACGAGCUAUUGCUAAUGGACUAGUAACAGCUGGUACAGGCAUCGGUGCUCUAGUAUUUGGCCCACUAGCUGAUUACUUAAUGCAAAAUUAUGGUUGGAAAUGCGGUCUCUUCAUAUUUGCUGGUAUAAUGCUAACAUGUAUUCUAUUUGGAGCUAUGAUGAAACCAUUAAAACCAAGAAGAGUACUCAUUCAACGAAUGGAAAUACAACCACAAAAUCUAAUAAAAAUAAAAUCUGAUCGUUUAAAAUCCUCAUCAGCUCGUGAUGAUGAUGAUGAUGAUGACGCAAUUCAUAUGAAUGAUUCAACUCAUGAAUCCGAUAUUAAUAUUUCUGGUGUUUUAAAGGCAGCUGUAACACCUUUUUACUCAUCACGUACUCGUGCAUUAUCAACAUCGAGUCGUGUAUCAUCAAAUUCCAGCCAUCGUUUGGGCGUUUUGAAUCCAGAAAAUGCAACUCGAUUAUCAUAUAAAAAAGGUGUACUAUUUACUGGAUCAAAACAACCAAUUGAUCAUGCAUCACAAACAUCAUUACAUAGUAAUCCAUAUGCAUCAUCGAUAACAAAUAUUCCUGCAGCAACAAAUGAAAUAAAGAAAAAACAGUCAACAUUUCGAGCUUUUGCUGAUAUUCUUUCGACAAUGACAGAUUUUUCAAUAUUAAACAAUAAACAAAUGUUAUUAAUUUGUAUUGGAAAUAUGUUUUCUAUGUUGGGAUAUUAUUUACCAAUCAUGUGUCUUGUUUCAUUUGCGAUUGAAGAUCAUCAUGUCCAUCCAACAAAAGCUUCAUUUUUAUUAACAAUCUUUGGUUUUUUCAAUACACUCGGUAGAUUCUCUGGUGGACCCAUUGCAAUGAUACCGCAUUUAAGUGCAUUACGUGUUCAUAAUGCACUUUUAUUUACAGCUGGUAUUUUAACUGCUUUAGCAGCUUAUGCAUAUAACAUGACGACAUGUGCUCUCUAUGCUGCUCUAUGUGGAUUUGCUAUUGCACCUCAUAUGUCAUUAUUGCCAAGUAUAAUAUGUGAUUGUGUUGGUCUUGAUCGAUAUACAACAGCUUUUGGUAUUCUAUUUCUUUUCCGUGGUAUCGCAUCAAUAAUUGGGCCACCUGCUGCAGGUUUUCUGAAAGAUUACACUGAAAAAUAUGAUUUAGCAUUUGCUGUUGGUGGUGCGAUGAUUAUAAUUGCUGCUUUCUUUCAUAUGUCUUUAUCAUGUAUUGAAACCGAGCGUGCAGAAGAAGAGCAAGUAGAAGUUGAAGUGUAA